GAGAUGGGGGUGGACGACGGUGUGGGCGGCGAGGACGAAGGGUGCUGGGUCGAGGGCGACGACGGUGGCGGUAAGCCGGCAUCGUCCGUGGUGGAGUCGGCUGCGAUGACGCUCAGCAGAAAAUUGAUCACACGACGACAAAGGCUGCUCUCAUCACCGUUCAUCCGCCCUUAUCCAUCUUCCUCUCCGACCACCAUGCCCUCCAACAUCGCAGGCCCCGACGUCUCCCCAGCCAUCCCUCUCGCUGGCCCUCGCGCUCUCCACCGCUCCUCGACAGGUUCCGUGCACGCACCGUCCACUACUAGUCUGCCGACAGCAUCCCGCUCAUCGUCCUCGACGCUACUCGAAGACCCUCGCAAGGGCUCUGCCAUCGUUCAAGGCCUCCCCCAUGCUUUCUUCCACUUAGACGCUAGACACUACAAAACCACCGAGUUUGCCCUGACACUGCUCGACAUAUUUGACGUGCUUCGCGUUCCUUCAUGGUCCAAAGCUACAAUCGUCCCGAACGCAAUCAAGAUCCAUAAAGUAUCCGGUUCUCUCACCAAUGCCGUAUUUUUCGUCUCUCUCCCUCACAACUCGACGAGGACACUUCUUCUUCGGAUAUACGGCGGCUCCUCUGGAGCCCUUAUCUCUCGCCCUCGCGAAUUACACACCCUUCACGUCCUGUCGUCUACUUACCACAUGGGACCUCGCGUCUACGGCACCUUCGAAAACGGCCGUCUCGAGGAGUACUUUGACUCUGAAACCCUUACGGCGGCUGACAUCCGUGUGCCGAAAAUCAGUCGUCAUAUCGGCGCCCGUAUGGCCGAGCUUCACGGUGUCGACAUUGCCGCCAUCGAGGACCCGUCAGUAUUCGCGCAAGGUGCUACCAGGUCUUGGCAAAUUGGCGCUCAGAAGAAUGUGAAGUCGUGGUUACCUCCAGCUCGAAAGGUCAUUGCCUUGCCUGUCAUUUCAGACGAAAUCAAGCGCGAGCUCGACCUCGACGUUUUUGAGGAGAGGUGGGAGAAAUAUAUGAAAUGGAUGAAGGUGCUUGAGAAAGCCGAAGGGGCGAGCAAACGUGUCUUCUGCCACAACGAUGCGCAGUACGGUAACCUGCUGAAGCUAAGGAAAAUGCAGGAGGGUACACCAGAGCAUCGCCAGAUCAUUGUUGUCGACUUCGAGUACGCUUCGCCUAACCCACUGGCUUUCGACAUCGCGAACCACUUUCAUGAAUGGACCGCGAAUUAUCAUGGGCCAACGCCUCACCUCCUCGAUCCCUCCAAUUACCCAUCUCCAGACCAACGUCGCAAUUUCUACAAGGCUUACCUCACCCACGCCCAGCGCCCACUUCCUUCCUCAUGCACCACGCCUUUCCUGUCGCUUUCUGAAGGUGACCAGCAAAGGGAGUUGUCGAAACUCGAGAUGCACGUCAGGGCUUGGAGCCCAGCUUCUCAUGCUAUGUGGACGAUCUGGGGAUUGGUCCAGGCGAGGGAGGACUUGGAGGGUGGAGUCGAAGAGCCCGAGUUCGAUUAUAUCUCGUACUCGAGGUGCAGAAUGGCGGCGUUUUACCGCGAGGUAGGCGAGCUUGGGAUAUGAAGUGAGUAUGGAUUCAACAUCCGUGCUCUCCGUCUCGUCAUGAUCUCCUCCAAACAGUUGCACGAAUCUUUCAAUGAUUUCCGUUAAUCUUUCUCUCCUUUUUUAUUUGGGCUUAAUCUAUGGGAGCUUAUGCUCCAUUCCAUCUUUUUCCGUGUUUUUAUUUUUCCUCACUUCGUCUUCUGGCUUUCCUUCCGCACCUGGUACGGUGUCGGACAAAUGUUGUGUUAUGUGCAAUCCUCGAGACUUCCUUGCUCAGUCCGCAUACAUCUCGUCUCGUCCCGUCACUGUACCGUACAAGGUCUCAUCCUACUCCUUCCUUCUAUCCUGUUAUCCUCGCUCGGAUUUGCCCACGAGAUACCCUGCCGACCACGCAUGUGCUCUCUGUCCUCUGCCCCAUCGCGCUCAUCAAUAGUACUUACAGAUGUAUUACGGCGUGACCCCUGCUACGUAGCAUAAACUAGUUGUAUCUUACGAGAACGAGAACGGCCACUUACACACCUUACACGUCCGGCGUCGCCUCCUGUCUAACUUAUCUGGAUCAGUACUGAAUAGACGUUU